AUUCUCCACGAGCGGAUAGCGGCGUACAGAUCUUUUCGUGCUCGUCUUCGCGUCGGUGUGGCUGGCCCGUGACUGUGAGAAGUCAAAAUCUCACAGCAUAUUGAUUGGGCUGAUUCCGUGGGAGGGAAUCGGGGAUCUGGCAUUCUCGCGCCCAAAAGGUCGCAGCUUUCUUUCGUGUCGCCAGCCGGUGCGCGGUCGACGCAGAGCGCGUGGAGGGUGUCCCGCUAGUAGCUCCUCGACGACGACGGUGACGGGAGGCCGGGGGUUGACCAUGGUGGCGGCGGCGGACCUGGAGGCGGCGGAGCGGGUGGUGGCGGAGCUCCGCGAGGCGUGCGCGGCGCGGCUCGACGAGGUGGCGGCGGCGAUGGAGGCGGAGAUGCGCGCCGGACUGCGCGAGGAGGGCGGCAGCAAGAUCAAGAUGAUCGUCUCCUUCGUCGACAACCUCCCCACGGGGAACGAAGAGGGCGUCUUCUACGCCUUGGACCUUGGCGGAACGAACUUCCGCGUGCUGCGCGUGCAGCUCGCCGGGAAAGACAGGCGUGUGGCCAAGCGAGACUCCAAGGAGGUGUCCAUCCCUCCUCACCUCAUGUCAGGCAACGCGUCGGAGCUGUUUGGCUUCAUCGCCUCGGCGCUAGCCAAGUACGUCGCCGCGGCGGGCGAAGGGGACGGCAGGCAGAGAGAGCUCGGGUUCACCUUCUCUUUCCCCGUGCGCCAGACGUCGAUCGCGUCAGGCACGCUCAUCAAGUGGACCAAGGCGUUUUCGGUCGACGACGCUGUUGGUGAGGAUGUCGUCGCCGAGCUGCAGACGGCCAUGGAGAAGCAAGGCGUCGACAUGCGUGUGGCGGCACUGAUCAACGAUACGGUCGGGACGCUGGCUGCGGGCCGGUACAACGAUGAGGACGUCGUCGUCGGUGUGAUACUAGGCACUGGCUCCAACGCCGCGUACGUCGAAGAGGCCAGUGCCAUACCCAAGCUCAAGCUGGAGGGCGGCGAAUUGCCCAAGUCAGGGAACAUGGUGAUAAACACAGAAUGGGGUAACUUCUACUCGCCCUGCCUCCCCAUCACGGAGUAUGACCAGGCCUUGGAUGAGGAGAGCUUAAACCCAGGGGAGCAGAUCUUCGAGAAGCUGGUUUCGGGCAUGUAUCUCGGCGAGAUUGUGAGGCGGGUGCUGCUUAAAAUCGCGUCGCAGUCUUCCAUCUUGGGCGAUGUCAGCCACACGAACCUCAAAACUCGCUUCAGUCUUAGGACUCCGGACAUCUCCGCGAUGCACCAUGACGGCACGCCUGACCUGAGAGUCGUGGCGGAGAAGCUGGCCGACAACCUCAGGGUCAGGGACACGUCCUUGGACACGAGGAAGAUGGUGGUCGAGAUCUGCGACAUCGUCACCGGGAGGUCUGCCCGGCUGGCCGCGGCGGGGAUCGUCGGGAUUCUCAGGAAGAUCGGUCGAGCGGCGCCAGGCGACGAGCGCCGGUCGGUCGUCGCCAUCGACGGCGGCCUGUUCGAGCACUACGCCGAGUUCAGGAAGCGCCUGGAGGCCACGCUGGUGGAGCUGCUCGGGGAGGAGGCGUCUAGGCUGGUGGAGGUCAAGCUCACCAAGGACGGGUCUGGCCUCGGAGCCGCCCUCAUUGCAGCUGCCCACUCGCAGUACUGAACGCCCAACGGCCGUGUGUGUCGGUGUGCAACUCGUGCUGAAUUCCUGUACGUUUUCAAGAACAAGUUUGCUCGGAAUCUGCCAACAAGCAAGUGCUCUAAUGGAAAGUUGCUAUGCGGAA